UGUGUCGAUGCUUUCUUACACUUGAAAGGGUUGUUUUUCAUUCCACACUGUAGUCUCAACAUGUUAAACUCCUGAGGGUGGACGUGAUUUCACUGAUCUAACUGGCCGUGCAUAAUGCGUAUGGCGCAGACUGAAACCAGAGUUGUGAGACUUGGAGUUGCUUAACUAGCUUUAAGAAACUAUUAAAUGACUGUUGAAAUGUCGCCCUAUUUAUUUUGUUAUCAAUUCAGAGCUAUAAAACAAUGGCAUGCAGUUUGCCGAGAUAAAAGUAAUUCCCAUCCUGCACAAGGUUUCGUCUCGCCUUGGACCCGACGGCGUUAAGACCGGGGGGAGGCGGUCAACCCCCAAAUCGCAAAUCGACACAGCAGCAGCCCGUGCCCUGUUCUAACAGCUGAAGAAGAAUUCAGUAGACUUUUCCAUCCCCUCCUCCUGGCCCAUUCACAUCAGGCCAAGACGCUGCUUACGUGCAGUCAGACAUGAUCCCCUACUACUAAAACCCGAAAUCCUGACUACAUAUUUAAUGGUUGGUGGAACGGACAGCCGAGUAGCUCACCGGUGAUGGACAUGGCGUCUCACAAACACUGUUCGAAAGAAGUCAUUUUCUCUGUCUGUUUAUGGACUGUUUUGAUUGCUUCCUUACCGGUGGAAGCCCAGUAUGAGAAAUAUAGCUUCAGGAGUUUUCCGCAGGCGGACUUGAUGACAUUGGACUCGGCGUAUGGAUACGCAAUGGAACAGUAUGGCGUACAGAACUGGAAGGAAAGUGUAAAAUAUUUGGAAUUAAGUUUACGGCUGCACAGACUUCUGAAAGACAGCGAAGCUUUCUGCAGCCAGAACUGCAGUCAGGUCAGCCGGGAACACGACGAACUCUUUCAGGAUACCAGUCUUCGGAUAAUGAGCCACUUUCUACUGCGGGCAUCCUGCCUGAAGAGCUGCAAGAAAAACUUCCCGGUGUUUACAAUAACUUAUCCAAAGAGUGAGACCCUAGAAGCCUUCGAGAGAAGGGACCCAUACCGGUACAUGCAGUAUGCCUACUAUCAGAUGAAUUACCUGGAAAAGGCGGUGUCUGCAGCCCACACCUUCCUCCAGAGGAACCCAGAAGACCCUGUGCUCUCCAAGAACAUGAACUACUACAAGACCCUCUUCGACAUAGAUGAGUACCUUAUCGACCACGAGGAGAGGCUCUACGAGGGUGCUUUCCUAAAAGCGGUGAAGCUGUACAACACGGGCGAUUUCAGCACCAGUGCCUUCAACAUGGAGCAGGCAGCCACAGAGUUCUUCAAAACAUACGACCUGUGCAUAGCAGCCUGCGAGGGGUCGUACGAGGUUACAGAGUUCAAGGACUUCUUCCCCACCUUAGCAGAUAUGUACAUGGACGUCUUGAAGUGCAAGGUGAAGUGUGAGAAGCUCCUCACUCCAAACGUCGGAGGCUUUUUCGUGGAGAAGUUUGUUGCCACCAUGUACCAUUACAUGCAGUUUGCCUACUACAAAUUGAAUGACGUGCGCAGUGCGGCCCCGUGUGCAGCCAGCUACAUGCUCUUCGACCCCGCGGACGAGGUGAUGAAGCAGAACAUGGUCUACUACAAGUUCUACAGGGAGCAGUGGGGGCUGGAGGACGACCACUUCAAACCACGACCGGAGGCGUUAAGGUACUUCAAUCAAACGACCAAACAGAAGGAGAUGCUGGAGUUCGCUCAGAACUAUCUGCAGACAGAUGACGAGGAUGUGGUGACUGCAGAGGAGCAGGUGUCCGGGCCGUCGGGCCCACCAGACGCGGAGUUCGAAGGCAUGGGGGACUACGAGGAGUCCUUCCUGGCACAGUGGUGGCAGGAGCCAAAGACCAAAGGGGACCACGGAGAAGCAGAGGAAUCGGGACCCUAAAUGCCACAUACACGUCGUCCAUAUUGAAAUGUGCACAUGCACCACACACACACACACACACACACACACACACACAAACGCACACGCACACGCACUCAC